AUUGAGUCGGUAAAAAGUCUUCAAACUCUGACUGCGAAAAUGGAUUUCAAAGAAAGUUCUUUUUUGGUUUUACUAAUUUCCCUAAAUUUAGUGUUUUGUGACCUAAGUGGAACUGACAGUGGUGGAUAUUUAGACUAUGACGACCAAGAGUAUGAAGAUUCAUCAGAACAAACGGAAUAUGUUAACAUUGCAAUGACUUCUGAAACCAAAACUGUCUUCAAAGAAGGAGAAAUAAUUGAACUAUACUGCACAUGUGAAGCCUAUCCAAGCUGUACUAUUGAAUUCAAUUAUAUCCCAAUAAACGACUACAAUAAAUCAAAAACGUUAAAUAGCUUUAGUGCUGAGCAAAUAUCUAACACAACAAAAGUCGAAAUGUUACGAUUUAAGGCGGAGGAAUCAUGCAAAAUUGUUUGCACAGGAACAAAUGCACAAGCUCUACAACCCAGUUAUGAUUCAAAGUUCCUCAACUUUUACGUUUCGGACCUUAGUGAGUCAUUGGAAAUCUCGCGGAUACCUGAGAAAAAUGUAAUAAUGGUUGGAGAAGCUUUUGAAAUGAGUUGCAAUGCCGAUGUAACGUUUUUUACGGAAGUGGCCUGGUACAAAAAUGGAUCUCUCGUUAAAAGUUCUCCUGGAUUGCAGCAGAGUUUAACAAAAAGAAAGCUUUCUUUGAGGAAUGUCCUUAAGUUCAGUGAAAUUAAAGAAUCCGACUCUGGAAACUAUGUAUGUAAGGCUACUAAAAAACGUCCAUCUUUUAUGUCUCACGAAGAACAAUUGAAUGCAGAUGGAAAGAUCGUAUUUGUUGAUGUAAGAAGACCAAAAGAUGAAGAAUUAUCUAAACAUAUUCCGGGAAUUUCUUCUACACAAACUCCUAAUCAAGACGAGGAAUCGAACGAGUCUAUAUCAUUAGGACUUGGUAACAUAGUUUUCCUAAUUGGUCUACACAUUGUUUUCUUCAUUAUAACCAUUGUACUCGUAAUAGUAUUCAUCAAAAAAUGCUCAAGACACAAUGAAAGUCAAAAUAAGGACUAUGAAAUGAGAAGUUUGAGGAACCACGAAGAAGGUAUAUUCGACGGUUACGCUACAAUUAGUGAAAAUAUCGAUAUUUCUAGCCGAUUUGCUAACCUACAUCCAGACUUAAUUCCCAGUAAUUUUUAUAAUCAACAAAGUAAAGGAGAAAGCAAAGAGCAAAUCAAUGAAACUGAUGAACAAGUAUUACAAUCUAGCGUAGAAUCUUGCGCAGUGGAAUUGGAUAGAUCAGUAGUGCAAGUAGUGAAAGGACCCUCAUCAGCUCCUAGAAGCCGUGUUACAAUUUAUUCUGGUACUGCAGAAAAUCAGCAACUCGCUAACCUUCUAAUAGACUCUGUAAAUUCUCAAGGCAAACCUGAAGAUGCUCAAGAAAAUGAAGGAUAUCUUUCACCUGAAUUGACCCAAUACCAAAUUCGUGAUCAUGAACCUACACCAAUUGAAUCAUCCUACAUCAGAAGAUCAGCAUUCAUCUUCAACAAGAGACGUACAAUCAAUUCUCAGAUCCAAAAAGAAGCUGAUGAAUUUAAGGAUUUAUGUGAUCAUUACAAUUUUCCAAAAGAAAAUUUGGAAUUUGGAAAGAAUCUAGGUAUGGGAGCUUUCGGCGUUGUGAAGCAUGCUUAUGCUCACGGUCUAGACGGAGGAGAAGAAAAGACUCCAGUUGCAGUUAAGACUACCAGGGGAAAUUAUAAGCAAGACAGGGAAGCACUGAUGUCUGAGAUUAAGAUAAUGGCUCACAUUGGACAGCAUAAGAACGUUGUAAAUUUAAUGGGAAUUAUUCGUCAGGGUGAUUCUACAGAUGAACUUAUGAUCAUGGUUGAGUACUGCUCCCUUGGAAACGUUCAGGACUAUCUGCAGACAAACCGUGGCAAGUUUAUCAAUGAAAUUGAUCCAAAAACAGGACAUAUUAACUCCAAAUUAAGAGAGAGUUCUCUAAAGGAGCAAAGUUCAUUGACAACGUCCCAUCUGCUAAGCUGGUCAUUCCAAGUUGCAAGAGGAAUGGAGUUCUUAUCAUCAAAGCGCGUUAUUCACGGUGACUUGGCUGCUAGGAAUAUCCUCCUGUGUGAGGAUAACUUUGUCAAAAUCUGCGACUUUGGUCUUGCAAAGUUCAAGCGGGAGAGUAACUACUAUCGGAAACGGGGUAGUGUUAUGCUGCCCAUUAAGUGGCUUGCUCCAGAGAGCUUAAACGACAACAUUUUCAGUACAAAUUCGGAUGUUUGGUCAUUCGGUGUAGUUCUCUGGGAAUUCUUCUCAUUGGGACAAGAACCCUAUCCGGGAAUAGAGCUAACAAGUAUCUUACCAUGGUUAAACUGUGGAGUACGGAUGACUAAACCAAUAUAUUCCACUAGUGAAAUAUACGACGUUAUGCAGAGAUGUUGGUUGCAAAAUCCAAAAUACAGACCUACCUUUUCAAAACUGGAAGACAUGUUGGGUGAAAUGAUUGAUUCAAGGAACAAGAGAUUGGUAGUUUCCUCAAACACGCCCUACUUGAAUAUGAAUAAAACAAUAGAAGAUUUACUAAGAAAGUAUGAAAAUGUAACUGAAUUAGAAAUUUAAGUAAUUUUAAAAUAUGUUUUUUCUGA